AUGUCACGGGUAAGUUCAUUUACAAACGAAACUAAUUUGUGUAAAGCUGCAAUCUUGUUGGACCAACACAGAACGUGUGUUUUUCAGAGAACGGAGUACGAUGAUCCUAUCGAAAUUGUGCGGAUGGCUCGGCUCGCCGUCAAGGAAGCCAAUAUGCGGGCGACUAGAAUGCAGGGACAAACGACCCAGCAGUUGAUGCAAAGAGUGAAGGAUCUCAAGUAUUGGAGCGGAGAAAUUGAUCGGUCCGUUUUCACUUUGAAUCUGACGAUAUUGUGUACAUUUCAGAGAGCUCGCUGAUGUCAAGGAAGAGCACGAUGAUCUGCUCCGCUGCUACCGUCGUUUGCAAAUGUGUUUAGAUAUUACUGGAAGAGCCACUAGAUGCAACGAGAGCUGCCUCGCAGUUAGAAGAAAGAAGGUGCAAGUUGGGGACCACACUUCCGACCGAGUUGAUCUCGAAUUGCACAAGGAAAAAGAACUUAUGUCAGAAACAGUAAGACAAAUGAAAGAAAUUGGAGGGAAAGUGGAGCGGCAACUGGAAGUCAACCAAGGUUCGACUAAUUUGUUUUUAUUUCCGUUCAAUCACGCUAUUACAGCUGCCAGAAAGAAUCUUCUGCGUGAUUUGACACUGAAACAAGAAGCAAUCAGCUUGGACCAUAGAUCCGUUUCCAUGGGCGCUGAUGGAAGCAAAACUGUGUCCAGAACUCCGGACGGAGAUCGACUCGACUUCCGGUACGUGUUUUACGAGUAAUCCGGAGGAAAAUUGUUUCAGUGAGGGCGCUCCGCUUCAAAGAAUGAGUGAGUAUUCCGAGUGGAUUGAGAACACCGGCAAUAAUCUGAAUUACGCCGCUCGUGCGCGUGUUCAUUCGCGGAAAAUCGGCCAAAAGUUGUGUCAAUCUAUUCGUGAAAUGGCUCAGCAACUGCGGACCGAAGCCAUCGCCGUCGAGGCGCUUCUGAAGGACUCAGUCAGAAACUGGCAGGAGUGGAAGGAUAAUCUUCAUUCACAGGUCUUCCAAUGGAACUCUUCUGAGAUCAUUUUUCUUUCAGGUUAACGGAAAAGACAAAGAAAUCAAGAGUGCUGACGGCGCCAUCGAAGAGAUCUCAUUCAGUUUGAAGCAAAAGAGCGGACCUCUGCAAGUGGCACUUUCUCGCCAGAACCAACGUGGUCUCCGUCCGGGAAUCGAACUCUGCAAUGACAAAGCGCAGCACGCUCUGCACCAGGAGCUUAUGAUGCUUAAGGGAACGUUCCUCAGUCUUGAGAACCAACUUGGUACGUUUUACGGUGAAAGCUGAUCAUUUCUUAAGUUUUGUUUUCAGACAAAGCGAAGGAAAGUCGGAAGAAGUUGGAGAACGACCGCGAUAAACUUCAGCGCAAAUUGGAGAUUUGCGACCACAACCUGACGAUCGACAAUGAAAUUCUUCGCCAGAUUCGUUCUUCGUAUCCCCAUGAGAUUCAACUUUCUGGAUUUUUGCUGAGCGAAACGAAAGAACAUCGCUGA